AAAAACUUCAAGAUAAGGUUUUUAACUGGUUGAAAUAUUGUUUAAUACAUAUCUCUAUAUUACAAUAUCCUGAUUACAAUAAACUUUUCAUUUUGUUCAUUGAUACUUCUUAUCAAGGACUGGGUGCAGUCCUAUCACAAAUUAAAAAUAGUCAAGA